UUUCUAGAAACGUUGCAAACUUCAUAUUGGCAGAAAAGGUGACUUUUAUGUACACAAAAUUAAGACAAGACCACAAAAUGGAUGAUCAAUGACACUAAUGACAGCAAUCUUACGUGUAGAUUUUAUAAAAGUUAGUAAAUAAUAAUGAUUAUAAUAUGGUUUGCAAAUAGUUAAAUGCAGUAUGUGAUUUUCUGAAGAAGUGAAGAGGUUAUAUCACAUUCCAGUUGUUUAGAGCACUUAGUAGAGAUAUACACCUUUAAACAUGUCGUGUUCAGCGAUAUAUAUUUUAGAUGUAAAAGGAAAAGUCUUAAUCUCUAGGAACUAUAGAGGCGAUAUAGACCUAGGUGUAAUAGAGAAGUUUAUGCCUUUAUUAAUGGAAAAAGAAGAAGAAGGGCUUCUAACUCCAAUUUUGCAAAUCCCUGAAUGCACCUUCUCAUAUAUUAAAACCAACAAUCUAUAUAUAGUAAGCACUACGAAGAAAAAUGGUAAUAUCGCUCUUGUAUUUGUAUUUUUACAUAAAAUCGUUCAAGUAAUGACUGAAUAUUUUAAAGAAUUAGAAGAAGAAAGUAUCAGAGAUAAUUUUGUCGUUAUUUAUGAGUUGUUGGACGAACUUUUAGACUUUGGCUAUCCUCAAACAACUGAUAGCAAAAUUCUUCAAGAAUACAUCACUCAAGAAGGUCAUAAACUAGAGAUACAACCAAGAAUUCCUGUAGCUGUGACAAAUGCAGUUUCAUGGCGUUCUGAGGGAAUCAAAUACAGGAAAAAUGAAGUAUUCUUAGAUGUAAUCGAGUCAGUAAAUCUUUUAGCAAGUGCAAAUGGCAAUGUACUAAGAAGCGAAAUAGUGGGAGCAAUAAAAAUGAGAGUGUAUCUUUCUGGUAUGCCUGAACUGAGAUUAGGUCUCAAUGAUAAAGUAUUAUUCGAGAGUACAGGACGUGGUAAAUCUAAAUCGGUAGAGUUAGAUGAUGUUAAGUUCCAUCAAUGUGUAAGAUUAUCAAGAUUCGAGAUAGAUAGAACAAUCUCUUUUAUUCCACCAGAUGGUGAAUUUGAAUUAAUGUCUUAUCGUUUAAAUACCCAUGUGAAACCAUUAAUAUGGAUUGAAUCUGUUAUAGAAAGACAUGCGCAUAGUAGAGUGGAGUACAUGAUUAAAGCUAAAUCGCAAUUCAAGAGACGUUCUACUGCUAACAAUGUUGAAAUAAUCAUUCCAGUGCCACAUGAUGCAGACUCUCCGAAGUUUAAAACCACCAUCGGCAGUGUCAAGUAUGCCCCUGAACAAAAUGCCAUAACUUGGAGUAUCAAAUCAUUCCCAGGGGGUAAAGAGUAUUUGAUGAGAGCCCACUUUGGUUUACCUAGUGUUGAAUGUGAAGAUACUGAGGGUAAACCACCUAUUCAGGUCAAAUUUGAAAUUCCAUAUUUUACAACUUCUGGAAUACAAGUCAGAUACUUGAAGAUUAUAGAGAAAAGUGGGUAUCAAGCUCUACCAUGGGUGAGAUAUAUUACACAGAAUGGUGACUACCAGUUGCGUACUAAUUAAGCGUUGUUAUUGUACUUUUCUGCUUUUUAAGUUAGAAUAUAAUAUAUUUUUACUUAUACUUUAUUUGUAGGGUCUUAUAAAACUUUGUACUAUGUAGCACUAUAUUCAGUUAAUAUAUUUUAAAAUAAACAUUACUUUUUCAUGUACUGUUCUCACAAUUCAUUAUAACUUGUUUCAGCAUUAUCUAUUUCAAAAUAUUUAAAGUAUGUACUUAAACAUUUGACAUUGAAUAAAUUUACCUAUUUUAUUCUUAAAUUUUGGGUGCUUUGAGACAAGCUCAGCGGUUGGACAACUGAGUAAGCGGUAGCGUUUAGACAACACAAUGACAAGCCACUGUUAAAUUUACUAAGCGUAUUUUCUUUCUGCUGUGUAACUCAGUGGUUGCUUGGGUACAGUACGCAAUAAUGAGUUUAAAUUUUUUUAAACUUUUCAUAAAAUAUUCAAUUGACCCAAAAAAUGGAUUUACAGUGGAAUAAGAGAAGUACAUUUUGGUACUGUACGAGAAUAUUUAUUUCUAGAAGUAUUAUGUAAAUAUUAUGCAAAUAUGUUUAUUACUACUGGAUCUAAGCCGUUUUUGUAGUUAAUGUCAGCCACUGAGGUCGUCUGAAUGUACCCAUUGGUUAUCCUGUCUUUUAUCAAGUUGCCAUGCCUUCAAGCGUCGGAAAAGUUUUGAUUUUAAGAGAGUAGGCGCAAAAUUUAACUGGAUUCAUUUUUUUCGAAUCCUGAGAAAACUAAAUAAAUAUUUUUGAUAAAUUUAGACACAGAAUAAAAGAUUACGUAAUUACUGAGGGCCGAAAGUCACUUAGAAUAAACAAAAAGUUUCUUUUGAAUGAGAUAUUAACAUUAUAAAUCACUCAAUUUUCUCUUCUUUUUCACUCCUGUAACUUAUUAAAAUAAACAUAAAAGUUUUCAGGGACUUUUGGCCCUUGGUAAUAAUGUAAUCUUUCAUUUUGCUUUUAAAUUUUUUAAAAAUACUUAUUAGUUUUCUAAGAAUUUGAAAAAAUGAAUGCAUCUAAAAAAAAUUAGCCAGAAAUUUUGUGCCUACGCCAUUAAUACCUUUUUUAUAUUCUAAAAUCUGACAAAUUAUUAUCACAACUGUAAAAAGAGCUAAUAUUUUGCAUUUUACAAACAAUUAUGGAAAUCUAAAACAUUUUUAUCUUCUUGUUAGUUUAUAAUUAUUCAUCAAAUUGGAAAAGGAAGUUCAGAUAUACUUAUUUUAAAAUAUAGCUACAUCUUUAUGUCACAAUAUAUCUAUAUUUUAUAGUAACUUAAACAUUUAUUUAUAUAUUUAGAUCCAAUUUAUGUAUAUGUAUCUUCCUGGGGUUUUCUUUAGGUAGUUUUCUCCAACAAACACAAUACGCUAUGUACAGUGUUGCCCCAUGCAUCUUGUCUGUAUGUUUGUACAGUUGUUGCAUGCUGUGCUCAACAUAUAAGGGACAGCAUCCAUUAUUUAGUAUUUAAAGCAUACAGACACAAUGUAUGGUAUAAUGCUGUACUCAGCAUACAGUGUUUAUUGGAAACCAGGGCCUAACAGUGUAGUUGGUGAAAUAUAACAUUAUUAGGUUUUUUAUUUACAGGAAACAUUUUAUACAUGGUUCAAAUUUUUAUAAUACUCUGAAUAUAUGCACUGUUACUUAAUUAAAAAGUAUUUUCAAAUGCUAUUUUAAUAAAACUAAUAAAUGCUACUUGCAGCUGUUAA